AUGUCGACUUGUCAAAAAGAGUGUUGUGCAAAGAAAGAGAGCUGCUGCGAGAAAGUGUGCCCAGCCAAAAAGGCAUACGAGGAGUUCCUCCGUGCCGUCCCAAAAGCACAAGUAGGUGAAGAAGCCCCAACAUUCAAGGCACAAGCCCUCUGCCCAUGCAAUGGAAUUGUCGACUUUGACUUUGAGAAGGUGAGAGGAAAGUUUGUUGUCUUGUUGUUCUACCCACUCGACUGGACUUUUGUGUGCCCAACUGAGAUGUUGGGAUAUUCCAAAUUGGCUGAAGAAAUGAAAGACGUUCAGUUCAUUGGCAUUUCAGUCGACUCAGUCUUUUGUCACAAGGCGUGGUGCGAUGCUCCACGUGAACACGGUGGUAUUGGGAAGUUGGCAUUCCCAUUGGUCUCUGAUAUCAAGAAGUGCAUCUCUAUGAAGUACAACAUGUUCAAUGCGGCUGAUGGCAUUGCAAGACGUGGUUAUGUCGUUAUUGAUCCAAAGGGUAUCAUCAGAUAUAUGCAAGUCAAUGACAAUGGCAUCGGAAGAAACACUGAGGAGACUAAGAGAAUCAUCGAAGCUAUCAAAUUCUCUGAUGAACAUGGCGAAGUCUGCCCACUCAACUGGAAGCCUGGAAAAGACACCAUGAAACCAUCGCCGGAAGGUGUUGCUGACUAUUUAGUCAAACAUUAA